CAGAAGCUGACAGAGAAGAAGAGAAUUAAGGCCUUGUUCAGAUCUCAAAUGCACUUCAUGAUUCAGAAUAUUGAGAAGACAGCUCUGCUCUCUGAGCAUGUCAAUCUGCUUACUACUGAGAUGGAAUCUGAGGCAGCAGAUCAGGAAAUGCAGGAUUUUGAGAUACAGGUUGACCUGGCUGAAGGGAAGCAGCAGAAACCCUUCUCUGAGAAGGCAGUAGAGAGAGAUUUUGAGAUGAUUAUCAUCUCAGAUGAGGAGAAGAAGAAGAAGAAGAAGAAUGAGAAGUGA